CAGUCCAACCGCGGAGCUGUGUCUGCAUCCAUCGAGAGGAGGCCGUGCGGUGUGGGGCGGGCCAGGAGCAAGGAGAGGCCUUCCUCCCUUUGUGCUCCCCCCCCUCCCACCCCCCGGGGCCCUAUAAAUAGGCCCAGCCUGGGCUGUGGCUCAGCUCUCAGAGGGAGUCGAGCACCAGGCAGCGGUCUCCAGCCAAGCCCCCUGCCAGCAUGGCCAGCGAGUUCAAGAAGAAGCUCUUUUGGAGGGCGGUGGUGGCCGAGUUCCUGGCCAUGACCCUCUUCAUUGUCAUCAGCAUCGGUUGUGCCCUGGGCUUCAAUUUCCCGCUGAAGAACAACCAGACGUCAGGUGCCUCCCAGGACAAUGUGAAGGUGUCACUGGCCUUCGGGCUGAGCAUCGCCACGAUGGCCCAGAGCGUGGGCCACAUCAGCGGCGCCCACCUCAACCCCGCUGUCACGCUGGGGCUGCUGCUCAGCUGCCAGAUCAGCGUCCUCCGGGCUGUCAUGUACAUUGUCGCCCAGUGCGUGGGGGCCAUCGUCGCCACCGCCAUCCUCUCGGGCAUCACUUCUUCCCUGCCCGGCAACUCCCUGGGCCGCAACGAGCUGGCCUCCGGUGUGAACUCGGGCCAGGGCCUGGGCAUCGAGAUCAUUGCCACCCUGCAGCUGGUGCUGUGUGUGCUGGCCACCACCGACCGCAGACGCCGUGAUCUCGGGGGCUCGGCCCCCCUUGCCAUAGGCCUCUCUGUGGCCUUGGGACACCUGCUGGCGAUCGACUACACCGGCUGCAGCAUUAACCCUGCCCGGUCCUUCGGCUCGGCGGUGAUCAGCAACAACUUCAGGGACCACUGGGUUUUCUGGGUGGGGCCGUUCAUCGGGGCCGCCCUGGCCGUGCUCAUCUACGACUUCAUCCUGGCCCCGCGCAGCGGCGACCUCACGGACCGCAUGAAGGUGUGCACCAGCGGCCAGGUGGAGGAGUACGACCUGGAUGGCGACGACAUCAACUCCAGGGUGGAGAUGAAGCCCAAGUAGAGGGGCCUGGCCACACAUCCAUGCGGGGACGGGGCAGGGGCGGGCGGAGGGGGGAGGGGUGAAAUCCAUAUUGUAGACACUCUGACGAGCUGGCCAAAGUCACCUGCCGAAGAUCCGCAGGACUUCGUGGCCCAGCCUGAUCUGGGGCUGUUUCUAUCACUUUCUUUCUCUUUCUCUGUUUCCUGGCCUCGGGGCUUCCUGGAGACCAAGGCUUACUACUCACCCGCUCCCCUGAAGUCACAGAGGAGACGAAAGAGAGGGACCCACCUGCUAAGUUGUCCCCUCAGAGUGUGACAGGAGGUUUGUCAGAAAGUCCCCUCAUCCCCGAGGAGCGCACCUGCGGCGGGUGCUGGGCCCCGGAUCACUGCUCUGUCCCUUAGGGCAAGGCCCUUCCCUGCAACGUGCACUUUGCCCCGAGGCUACUUCGAGGGGCCACGCGGGAGCGGUGGACAAGCUUUGUCCGAGCAGCUCGGCUUGCUUCCGGGGCCUCCCUUGGAUGUGUUGCAAGGCCUGGGCAUCGUCCCUCUCUCGGGCCUCAGUGGCCCCUUCUGUAAAGUGGCAGGGACAGAGAGAGCGCUGUGGGCCUGAGGUCCCUGUCUGGGAUUCUGUAAGUGUAGACACGUCGUGGUUCUGGAAGACGGAGUUUGGACCGGCGCCAUGUCUUCCACCUGCACCGGGCUCUUUCCCAAGCAGAGAGCUGUGAGGUGCACACAUGGACAUGGGCCCGCGAGCAUGCAUGUUUCAAAGCAGCAGCCGGUCCAGCCAUGGGACUCUCCCCCCGCGGUGGCUUCACCAGACAGGGCUGCGCUGCCGCAUGAAAGCCAUGUAGAGGUCAAAGGAGGACACUCCUGUUUUCUCACUGAGUUUCAGUUGCUCUUUUCCACCUAGCACCGCAUCAUCUGGACCAUUAUUUGGUCCUCCAUGUCCUCCUGCUGCAGUCGACACGGGGCAGUUUUGCAGGUGUGUGUUUAUUAAGGGACAGUUUGUUAUCCAAAGCCCCGAGCCUGGGGACAGAUGACCGUGAUGUGGCUCAGCCCACGGAAGCAGAUGCCCUUGCUGGACGCUCAGGGGCUUUCCAAGCCCCCAGCUGAUCCUGAGGGGGGAGGAGGAGCAGAUCCCCCUGACUGCUGAGCUCCUGGUUGGAGGCAUUUACGGCAGCGGGGUGACCGGCACAGGCUCCUUGUGUGACCCAGGCCACUGCCUUCCCUCGUCGCUCCCCAGAGGGAGAGUCGGCCUCGAGCCGCAGCCCAAGUGUGGUUCGGAGCACAGGGUCUGUCUCGGGGCAGCUGUCCACACAGUCCAUUCACUUCCACCAGGGCCAGAGCAGGUCCCCAUGUGCCACAGCCGUGCUGGUGACAAAAACUAAGACACAAUACCCAGAUAUCUAGAAGCAGGAGCCUUACCGGUCACCGACACAUCAUGACACCUGCAUGCUCUCUUCCCCAUUCCCCAGCAGGGACUUCUAGCCCAGUUAACAGAGAAGGAACCGAGUCCCCAGCUGCCACAGCUAGAUCAUGACUUGGCCAGGCCUCGCAGCCAAGGCCAUGCCUCUGGCUACUACCUGGACCAUGAGAUUGGCCCCCUCAUCCCAGCUUCUGUUUCUACCGGGGCAGUGGCCGGGGGCAGGAGGGCUGAAGGUCAUGCUGGAGGGGAGGAGGGCAGACCACACCCCUGGCCCGGUCCUUGCUACUGUAUACUAGGACCCUGCUUCUGUCUGCUCUGCAUAUGUGCCUCUUUGGAAUUAGAAUUUCAGUAUAUGUUAAAAAAAUAAAGGAAAAUGGCUUCUAAGGUC